GGAAGGUUUCACUAUAGACCAACAAAUAUGAGCAAUGAAUGUUGUUCGGUGAUCAAGCCUAAAGACUGUGGAGAUAUAGAUCCAGCACAUUGUAAAAGUGGAGUAUAUACGAUCUAUCCGGUUGGAACCAGACCAUUUGAUGUAUAUUGCAAGCUUAUUAACCAAGGGAAGGCUUGGACAGUUAUUCAAAGAAGAUUCAACGGAAGGACAAGUUUCAAUAAAACAUGGAAAGACUAUGAACAUGGGUUUGGUAAUAUUAACGGUGAACACUGGCUUGGUAACUCUGAAUUGAGGAUACACCUUGGGGAUUUCGACGGAGAAACCAGAUAUGCUUUAUACAGGAAAUUUUCUGUUGGAGAUGCAAAAUCAAAAUACAAACUGGCAAUUAGUGGUUAUAGUGGAAAUUCUGGAGACUGCCUAUACCGCCAUAAUGACAAAAUUUUCUCUAUUCCUGAUGAGGACAAUGAUACCCACAAGGAAGGAAACUGUGCAGAUUAUAGCAAGGCAGGGUACUGAUACUACAAAUGUUCUCAGUCGAAUCUAAAUGGGGCCUACCUAUAUAGUGAAACCAAACAUAAAAAUCAAGGAAUUAAAUGGCCUUGUUGGAGAGGACACAUGUAUUCUUUGAGAUCAACCACAUUAAUGAUACGUACAAUAUAAAUAAAAAGAUACAUGAUACAUUGAUUUAUAUCUGUAUUUCGUUGUAAAUUUAACGUCAUAUUAUUAUAGUAGGGUGUCGUUCUCCAUCUUGGAUUGUAAAUUACAGAUAACCAAAGGUCAAGAUUUUCAAUCAAUUUAGCAAAAUUCAAUGUAGGAAUGCAGAUAACUAAAUUGUGAAUUUUUAUUUAAAAGAACACAUUUAUAAGAUUUAAACUUAUGAAUAUUAAUAUUUUUUCAAGCGUAGAUCAUUUUUGCUUGAUUUUUAAUAUUUUUACAUCGGCAUAAAAUGGCAUAAAAGGGGAGGUAACGUCAAUUGUGCAUUAUUUGACGGAAUCUACUUGCAAUUUUGACAUUGUAUAUUUUAGCCGAAAAAAAAACGUACAGUGACCCUAUCUUUUCUUUUGAUAGUCUCAAAGCAUUUUCUAAAAGCUAUCUUCUCGUAUUUUAUUUUACAAUUCUAUCAUUUAGUUUAGCUUCUAAUCACAUAAGAAUGCUUGUUAUUGUAUAAUCCAUACAAAAUGUGUCAUUUUGUCACAACUUUUAGCUUGA